UGGGAAAAUGGGGUAUGGCGUAAAUCUGGGGUGCAAUGCUGUCAUACAUCACGCGCCUCGUAAAAACGACACUCAAAACUCCUGGCCAACAAAUCACCUGAAAAAAUUAUGAGUUCUUCAUAUUAUGUGAAUGGACUUUUUAGCAAAUAUGCGGCGGGGAGCAGUUCUUUUCAGCCCGCAGACCAGGUUCCGCGCUCCCUCGGAUCCAGCGGAGAGAGAGCAGCAUAUGGGCCGGGAGCAUCAGCUUUCUCUCCGUCCCUUCCCGGACUUUGCAAAGUCAAUAAUGCAAUCUACCAGAGUCAUUCAGUGUUCAGCGCCGGGAACCGGCAGGGUCCCGGGCCCUACAGCCUGCAGUGCAAUUCUUUCGACCAGAAUCUCCUCUGCACUGACCUGACCAGAGGCAGCUCCGGCAGGGCGGGGUCCGGUGCCCUCGGCGCGCCGGCGGAUCAGCCCCUCCGGACGUACCCGUGGAUGCGCUCUUCAGAUCCGGACAGAAAGCGGGGCCGCCAGACCUAUUCCCGGUACCAGACGCUGGAGCUGGAGAAGGAGUUCCACUUUAACCGGUACCUGACCCGCCGCCGGCGUGUGGAGAUCGCGCACACCCUGGGUCUCACCGAGCGGCAGAUCAAAAUCUGGUUCCAGAACCGAAGGAUGAAAUGGAAGAAAGACCACAUGGACGAGGGCGCUGGGCUCGGUUCGGCCCCCGGCACUGCGGCUGCUGCCACUGCGGCCGCUGCGGAGGAGACAAGCCAGGAUAAGGAGUGUGACCUCCAGACAGAAUAAUGAACAAGGUCUUCCAUAAAAUCAGAGAUAAACUUCAAGUCAAAGAGAUGUUAAAAUUAUUUUAACUUAUAUGAAUACUCAGUCCUGAUAGAGCUUUCAAGAUAAUUUGAAUACUGUAAUGAGAAGUUUAAAUUCCUGUGAAGGAAUACUGGCUGUAGACGGACAUGUUGGCCUAACCUUUAGAAGCUCAUAGUCCACGGGAAACUACCUAGGGUUUGGAAUUGCAUUAAAAUGUAUACUACCUAUUUACCUUCUCCUUAAACUUGUAUAGUAAAUCUAUUUAAAAAUCUGCGCCCGACGUUUUUGCUCAUCGCCCAACAUUCCUAUAACGAACAGCAGAACCUAUAGGGAGAGAAGUCGAUCUCAGCCGCAAAGGCGUUCCGCCGGAACUCGUUAAAUUCAGUAACGGGAUAUAAAAUAGCGUGACAUUUUCGGUCAAAUCUCACACAAAAUGUACCGAGAUGAAUGCAAAUUCUGUGUGUAAGUAGAUGAGUGCCUUUCUCUGACCUGCAAUCUGUAGUGAAAGUUACCGCAAAACUACUCCUCUCCUCGUGUCAAUUUCCGCCUG